AUGUUGCCUUCGCUGGCACUUCCUGUUGUCUCCACUCUGCUUCCGCUGAGUGCCGCCUUACAACAUACAGGGCGCCAGAGCCGGCGGGGUGGCAACUCUUCCGACAUACGCCGUGACCUGGCCUUGAAUGUGCCGUUGCGGCUGUAUUCCGUGAAGCGGCCCAUUGACGGGUCAUGGCAAUCCCUCUCCAUCGAGUUCUCCUACAUGGCGGACUACUUUGGGAACCUGACAACACCAAACCAGCUCUCAUACAAUCUUCUGGAGAACCUGCAGAGCCUGUCCGGGUCCCCCAUAAUCAUCCGCGCGGGCGGCUCGACGGCCAACGUGGCAGUCUUCAACGCCAGCCAGGAGCUCGCCGUCGAGAACCACUGGAACGGGUCGACCAACACCGGCCUCGAGGGCGCCCGCACCGACCAGCCCAGCCUGACCAACAUCGGGCCGGCGUGGUUCGAGGCGUUCCUGACGUCGCCCAAGGGCACGCGGUUCAUCUACGACCUCAACUACCGCGACAACAGCUCCGCGGGCGUGGCGUCCACGGUCGACGUGGCGAAGCGCGUGUGGGACACGCUCGGGUCGGAACUGUUGUAUGCCUAUGAGAUCAGCAACGAGAUGGAACGGUGGGGAGGCAGGUAUCGGAGCGACGAGUGGGGGCCGGAGCUGUACACGGAGGAGUACCUCAUGUACACUGAUCUGAUCGAGGAGGCUAUCUGGGGCGGCAGCGAGGACAGUUCUCAGUCCCAGCCGAUCUUCCAGAUGGGCACGUUCAUGGGGAGUGGGAACAAGACCAUCAACACGCCAUGGAACUCGGAGGUUGUGUUGGACCUGGGGAUCAACAGGAAGCAGCAGAUCAGGAGUACUUCGCAGCACGACUACCAUGGCUCCAACUGCGCCUCGACCAAGGAGAUUUCGACGCUGCGGCAGAACCUCCUCAACCACACCAACAUGGCCAACCGCGCGUUUCCCCACCAGCAGAUGGCGCCGUAUGUUGACGGGACGCAUGGCAUAACCUAUGUGAUUGGCGAGACCAACUCCAUCUCAUGCCAAGGUCGCGACGGCGUCUCCAAUGUCUUCGGCACGGCGCUGUGGUAUCUGGACUACACGCUCUUCAUCGCGUCCAACAUCUCGGCGGUAGGGGGCAUGUAUUUCCACAUGGGCACGCCCUACCGCUACAGCCUGUGGGCGCCAUACGAGGGCGCGACCAACCAUAGUGCGCUUGUGCGGCCGUCGUACUACGGCGCGUGGGUCCUGGCUACUGCCAUCGGCAACGGAGAGGUGUCGUCGGGCCAAAACGAGUCGGCCGGGGCCUACUCGCCGUACUACUCGGGCGACGGGGCGCCCAAGAAGGUGGUCCACGCGCUGAUUGCGGAGGAGACGCUGACGGCGUAUGCGCUGUACAGGACAGGACCGUCGCACGCCAUCGACUCGGUCAUCAUCCUGAACCUGGAGCCGUACAACUCGACGGCCAACUACACCCGGCCGUCGAUCAGUGUGACGCUGCCCGAGAGGAUCCAGACGCGUGGGACGGUUCGACGGCUCACGGCGUCCGGGAGCGACGUCAAGGACCUUGGGCAGACGGACAUAACUUUUGCAGGACGGAGCGUGAGCAAGGAAGGGCUCGUCCAGGGGGAGGAGGUGACCGAGACGUGGGCGCCGGGGGAGAGCGUCCUGGUUGGCGACGCUGAGGCGGUGUUGAUCACUUUCUGA